GGUUUUUAUUAUAGACAAGUUUGCAGCAUGUUAAAAAAAUGGAUUUUGUUAACUGAUUCAAACUAAAAAUUAUCAAUGACAAUAAAUGAAAUUUUGUUAUGCUAAAGAUAAUAGAUGCUCCCUACCGUAAAAUAAACACGUCGUCUACUUUCACUUUCAUAUGAUGUUGGCGAAAUCAAAGAAGUAUAAAAUACAUUUUUAUAGCUCUUUGGCGAAAUGGACAACAUAAAAAUUUUGGAUGGUGGUGCUGCUGAAGAGCUUAUCAGACUUGGCAAAACAGAAUUUUUAAUUUAUAAAGAUCCACUAUGGACUGCAGGUCUACUUCACACAGAUCCUGAUGCCAUUUUAACACUUCAUAAAAGUUUUCUGAGAGCUGGAGCUGAAAUCAUUUUGACAGUAAGUUACCAGGCAUCUAUUGAGGGAUUUAUGAAGCAUCUCAAUAUUACUGAAGAAGAAGCCUGUGGGCUUAUCAAGAAGAGCGUGUAUAUAGCAAGACAAGCCUGUAAGGAGGUGGCACAAGAAACAGGUAGAGAAGAGAGUAAAGUUGCAGGUUCUGUUGGUCCUUAUGGUGCUUGCUUACACGAUGGUUCAGAAUAUACAGGCAAAUAUAUGGACAGUGUUUCAACAGAGGAAUUACAGACUUGGCAUAGACCAAGGCUGACUGCCCUCUCAGAGGCGGGAGUAGAUAUGGUUGCCAUAGAAACAAUACCAGCUCAGCUAGAGGCGGAGGCUGUUGUCAGCCUUAUUGAAAAAGAAUUUCCAGGGAUGAAAGCUUAUGUCACAUUUUCAUGUCGGAAUGGCGAGGAAACAUGCCGUGGUGAAAAAUUCUGUGAUGCAAUCAAGAGUGUGUGUUCUUCUGAAAAUGUUAUUGCUGUUGGCGUCAACUGUACUGGUCCUCAAUAUAUUACCUCCCUCUUGAAGAGUAUUCAAGGGCUGAACAUUCAAAAACCUAUACUAGUGAAACCAAAUAGUGGAGAAAUGUGGAAUUCCGGCAAAGGAUGGUAUGAUAAAGAGACCUGUCCAGAUCUGUCAGAGAAAGUGCAAGAAUGGACUGAACUUGGAGCAACAUGGAUUGGUGGCUGUUGUCGUAUUUAUCCAGCAGACAUUGAAAAAAUGAAAAACAAAAUUUAUGAUUUACAAAAACAUAAAUAAAGAAACAGUGCAUUCUAUGUGUUUGCCAUUCAACUUUAUACUUGAGGGAAAAUAAUAUUAAAUUGACAUGGUUGUGGAUUUUUCUUCAUAACUGACUGAAUCACAGGUAGUAACACUUUCAUAAGUUAACCAGACAUGAUGUAAUUGUAAUCAGUAAUAGUAAUCAAAUCAAUUACAUUUUGUCAUGUACAACAUGCAAUGUAAUUGUAAUCAUGUUAUUACUUUUCAAAGACACAUAUUAUUCUGUGUUCUGUAAUGCAUUGCACAUUGAAUACAGUUGUUUUAAGGUUUUAUCUUGGUACUUUAUUUGUUAAAAUUGAUUUAUUUUAGGGGUAUAAAGGGUUAAAAUGUGAUUGAUUUUAGGAGCUUAAGUAGUUAAAUGUGAUUUCUUUUAAGCCUUAGGGCUUAAUGAGAUUAAUGUGAUUGAUUUUAUGGGUUUAAUGAGUUGAAUGUGAUUGAUUUAAGGGGCUUAAUGAGUUGAAUGUGAUUGAUUUAAGGGGCUUAAUGAGUUGAAUGUGAUAGAUUUUAUGGGUUUAAUCAGGAAGGUCUAAUACGGGGAGUAGAAACUCCGUAUAAAUCAAUACAUUUAUCUGUAUUAUGCUGUCGUCCAUACCUGUAAAUAUCGACCAGUCGUUAGCGAUCGAUAUUUUGUUUUCGCCACUAUCGAUUAGCGUGUAAUUAGCAUAUUACCUCAUGUUAAUCAUGGAGCUAUAACACUUAUUGUUCAAAGGGUUUACCAGUCACAUGUUAAGUGGCGAUAAUUAGAUGAUCAGAGAUUGAUCUAAAGGGAUUCUGAAGCAAAAACAGCAUGCGACUGCAUGUGGUGAUAUGCUUAAUUAUUAUGAAUUAACUCGAGCUCACUUCCCUGAAGAAAUAUUUUACCACGUAACUUCAAACCUUAAGCAAAGGGCCGAUUUUUGUUGGAUUUGAAUAAAAAAAAGGAAAAUAACAGAAAGCUGACACUUUUCUUAAUCUUGUAGAGCCAUAAUUAUAAUUAUUGUUUAUAAUGUCAGAUUUCUACAUACAGAAACAAACAUUCUUCUUGAACGUAGGGAAUGUUUCAAACGAAAUUGUUGUUUAAACUCCAAAAAUUAGUUUAAUAAAUUUAAUCUUAAAACUGAUGUGUGAAAAAAUACAAUGUAUUUAAAUUAAAAUAACAAUAUUUUUUUUAAAAAAGGCCGACAACGAAGUUACAUUUAGUAUUCCGAACUUUUAGAUAAAACUGCAGAAAUUCAUCUAGGUUUAACAGGCAUUUAAAUGGUGAAGAACAGAGCAAUAUCAUAAACAAAUAAUUUCAGGCAACAGUUUACAGUUUUGACUUGCUAUUUUCAUUAAAAUAUGACCUAUUUUUUUUGUUCUAAAUACUCUGAAUCAACAAGGCAAUUAUCAUGUAAAAAACGACAUCUUUCUCUCUGGGUAAGACAAGUCUAGAUUUAGCCAUUUUCACAGGGCGAAAAGUAACAUUAAUGUAGAUAUUUUCCAUUUAAAAAUAGAUGCAGGCAAUAAUUUCAUGGCAGAACUUUUGUUUUCAACAAAAAAUUCAACAAAUGCUUUCCCAGAUUUUCACUGAAAGGACGAGUUAAACUGUAAGGCGUAAGUGUUUGAGUAAUAGCAGAAUAACCUACGGCAUACGCUUCGACUGGACGACAGCAUAAGAUAAGAUAAAUGCCGGUUUCAAGUCCCCGUAUCAGUUGUUCCAGGUUUAAUGAGUUGAAUGUGAUUGAUUUAAGGGGCUUAAUGAGUUGAAUGUGAUUGAUUUAAGGGGCUUAAGGGGUUGAAUGUGGUUGAUUUUAAGGGCUUAAUGAGUUAUGUUAUUAAGUUUAGGCGGUUACAGAGUUAAAAUUUGCUUGAUUUUUAGGAGCUACAGGAGUUAUAUAAAAGUGUAGGUUCUUAAUAAAAUUUAUUUUUAAACAAUUUUAUCUGCCUGUGUAUGUAAUAAUUGCCAAAAAAGAAAUGCAAGCAGAUUUAUUA